UGUGUAAGAUUCCAAAUUAGGUGCUUCGUUGACUAUUUAGCAAAGUCAAACGGAUCUAAAAUGAACACUCAAAAGCCACUUUUUCCCCCUUCCAUAAUAACCCCUCCCAUUCCUCACCUUUCUUUAAAUACCAAUCUAUUAUUACUAUUAUUACCCAUUCUAAUCAAACAAAAACUUAAAAAAAAAGUCAGCCCCAUAUAAUAAAAUCAUUCAUAGAUUUGGAUGGGUAGAGAGUGCAUUGAAGAGGACAAGAAGAAGAAGAACAACAACUGGGGCCUCCAAGCCAUAGUUCAUCCUCAGCCACCACCAAUGGCUACAACAACAACAACAACAACAACACAUGAUGAUUUAUUUUUCCACAAUCCCAACAACAACUUUUUUGAUGUCUCCCAAGUUACAACCUUUGGUGGUGGUGAUGAUGAUGUUUUUGUGGGAUUUUCCUCAUCAAAUGAUGCUUUACUAGAGGAGCUUUACAAGCCCUUCUACCACCACCACAUGCCUAACUCAUCACCCUCCAUCUACUUGUCCACGCGAGAACACGAACCCGAAGAUCGCGACGAUAGUGGUGAUCAUAAGAUGAAGGGUUGUUAUGAUGAGUCCUCCCCGCCGAAGACUCCUAAAUCCUCCCCCAAGUACAAAAAAAGGAAUAGGAAAAAUGAGCAUAAUAGAGUGGUGAUUGAAGUGGAAGCUGAGGAGCUUUGUAAAGAUAAGUGGGCUUGGAGAAAAUAUGGCCAGAAACCCAUUAAAGGCUCACCUUACCCGAGGAGCUAUUAUAGGUGCAGUAGCUCGAAAGGGUGUUUGGCGAGGAAGCAAGUGGAGAGGAGCAACAGCAAGGCGGGGACGAGGUUCGUGGUGACGUACACGGCGGAGCACAGCCACAGCCAGCCCACCAGGCGCAACUCUCUCGCCGGCACCAUCAGGAACAAGUUCAUCAUACUGCCUCCUCCUCCUCCUCCUGCCCCCACCGCCGCCGCUAGCUCCUCCUCAUCAAAUGCCACCACCGCCGCAGCCACGCCGCCUCGGCUUCCGAUUCCGCCGUCAGUUUCCGAUCCUCUGUCGUCGUCGAAAAUGGAGCCGGAGAGGGUGAAAAUGGAGGAGAAUGUUGGUGAAGAUUUCUUUGCGGGUUUAGAGGAUCUGGAGGGCCUUCUUUCACAGGUUGUUGAGUCACCACUCACCAUAGUGUGCCCUUCCACAAUCUUGUCAAGCCGCAGUGUGGGGGCAAGUGAUAAGGGAUUUCGCCUUUCGUGAACAAGGGCAAGGAGAAAAGUAAGAGUCCGAACACGGUCGUACCUUGGAAUGUCCAUAUGUGCAUAAUUAGGAUAAUAUAGAAGAAGAAAAAAACAUAAAAGAGAGGUGAUUCAAGUACCAACUAGAGAUGUGGGCUUGGAAAGAAACCUAUUAAAGGCUCCCCAAAUCU